UGAAGAUGGAGCACAACAGCUAGUUUUGACGCGAAGGUGAACAGCGGCGAGGUGAGCCGUGGAUCAGAAUCGCCGCUCCCCGUCUUAUCUGUGGAUCAGAAAGUUUGAUUUCCAUCUCAUGGGCACUGAGACGAAUUGAAUGCAGGGCGAGAGAUCUUCUCCCUCCUAAGGCUAAGGAGUGCGGGAUAGAGGUCUGAACCGCCGGCAGCGAGGCACCAUGGAGUUUCUGAUGCAACCAAUCGGUUGAUCCGCUCUGCUUGAGGAGGUGAGGGAGAGUUUGGUCCUCGCUCCUGUGCCUGCGAAAGGCCAAGUUCUGGCAGGGCCGACGGCGCCGCAGCAGCACGCGGCGGCAGACAGCGGCGAAGCGCCGAUCUUUGCGGCGGAGGAGGGAGGGAGGGUCACCACCGACAUCGAACCUGUCAAUGGGGGAUAUGAAUCAUUGGUGCCCGAAUGGAACAAGAGGUUACUGAACAAACAAUUUCACCCCAUCGAACAUGCAGCGAUUUCUGAAUAAAAUAGUUGGCUUGAGUGAAGAAAUAAUACAGUCAAAGCCGGUAGGAUUCUUUUGCAGUCGUCUUGCUCAAUUCAGAGAGGUCAUGCUAGGGCCUAGAAGUGCCUUACUGCAGCAACUAGCAGCAAGGCCAGCCACUGAGUAAACUGGAAAGCUGUACUGACUUGCAGCAAGAUCAUGCGAAGAUCUAGUAUGCUUCUGCUGCUAAGUACUCCCUCCGUAAACUAAUAUAAGAGCGUUUAGAACACUAUUUUGGUGAUCUAAACGUUCUUAUAUUAGUUUACAGAGGGAGUAAGAAAUACAGUCUGUCAAAGUAUGGAUGUAGGCUAAUAUGGAACCCGGUGGACAGUUCGUUCCCUAGAAAAUCCGUUGAAUAUGUGAAUCUAGAUGUACUGUGCUGAUUGUAGAGAUUGAAUCUUCGAAUAUGUGAAUCUAGAAGUACUGCUGAUUGUAAAGAUUGAAUGUUCGAAUCUAUGAACCUAGGAAUCUAUGAACUGAAAGACUGAAUAUAUGAAUUUGCGAAACUGAAUGCAGCGGACACAAGGUAAAUGUAGGUAAACACUGUUGGAUAAUCAGCAACUAGCAUUCACUGGGGACCAAAGGCCAUUACAUAUACAUGUGUGGUAAAGUGCAGAAAACCCCUUAUACAAUGGGGAUGUACAGAAAAUGGACUAUACAUAUCUAACACACACCCCCCUUUCAAACUCAUGGUGGAUCAACAACACUGAGUUUGAAGAGAAGAAAAUCAUGAUGUGCUUGAGUCUGUGCCUUCGUGAAGAAGUCCGCCAACUAUAACUCAGAGGGCAUAUAGUGAAGAGCGAGAGUCUGAUCCUGCACAGCAGCACACACAAAGUGGGCAUCCACACCGAUGUGCUUGGUGAGCUCAUGCUUCACCGGGUCACGCGCAAUACUGAUAGCACCGGUACUGUCUGACAGUAAGGGAGUCGAGGUAGUAGCAGACACACCAAAAUCCUCAAGUAACCACCGUAACCAGAUCACCUCAGCUGUCAACAUAGCCAUGGCUCGCAACUCAGCCUCUGUACUCGAGCGAGAAACUGCAGUCUGUUUCUUUGUCUUCCAGGCAAUAAGAGAGCCACCAAGAAAGACACAAUAAGCAGACAGCGAGCGUCGGUGAGGGAUCACUAGCCCAGGUAGCAUCAGAGUAGGCCUGGAGCUCAAGAGAGCUGGAGUGGGGGAAGAAGAGGCGCUGAGAGAUCGUGCCACGAAGAUAUUGUAGAACACGAAGGAGAUGACUAUAGUGGACAGAGGUGGGGGCUGAAACAAACCGACUCAGGAUGUGAACAAGAUAGGAGAUGUCAGGACGCGUAACAGCAAGAUAAACAAGGUUGCCAACGAGGGGACGAUAGCGAGUGAGAUUGGAAAGAGGGUCACCAUCAGAGGCAUGAAGCUCAACGUUGAGCUCCAUAGGAGUCACAACUGUGCGCUCAUCACCAAGAGCAGCACGAGCAAGAAGAUCCUGAAUAUAUUAUUCUUGGGAGAUGUAGAAACCAUCAGAGGUCGAGGAGAUCUCAAUCCCAAGAAAAUAGCGAAGUGGACCAAGAUCAGUCAUGAGGAACUGGUCGCGAAGGCGAGCCUUAACAAAGGCAAUGUAGUCAGAGUCGUCACCAGUGAUGAUCAUGUUAUCAACAUAGAGAAGGAGAAGAGUCCGACCACGAGGAGACGUGUGAACAAACAACACGACAUCAUGAUCACUGGGCAAGAAACCAACGGGGGUCACCACAGAGGCGAAGCGCUCAAACCAGGCGCGAGGGGCCUGUUUAAGACCAUAGAGGGAGCGACGAAGUCUACAGACCAUACCAUCAGGCGCAUAGUACCCCGGUGGUGGCUGUAUAUAAACCUCCUCACGCAACUCGCCAUUGAGAAAGGCGUUCUGGACAUCAAGUUGAGAGAUAGACCAAUGACGAAUAGAAGCCACAACAAGGAGAGUGCGGACAGUGGUCAUGUGGGCCACAAGAGUGAAUGUCUCAUCAUAAUCGCGUCCCUGCUCCUGCUGAAAGCCACGGGCCACAAUACGAGCUUUGUAGCACUCAAGAGAACCAUCGGAGCGAGUCUUAAUCUUGUAGACCCACUUGCAGGUGAUGGGACGAACACCGGAAGGGAGGGAAACCAGAUCCCAUGUGCCAGAGCGCUCAAGGGCAGCAAGCUCUUCGGCCAUCGCAAGCUGCCAUUCAGGCUGAGUCAUGGCAGUCCGAUAGGAAGCGGGCUCAACAAUAACAGAGAGACCGUACCGAUCAGGAGAAUAUCGAUCAGGCGGGGGGCGAGGCCGAGCACGGAGGUUAUGAACCGGGGGAGGCGUGAGCGGAGGUGCACCAGAGGUGGAAGACACGUCAGGCGAGUCAGGGGAAGCAUCCUCAGUAUGAGGGCGGCGAGUAUAGUGGAGAGGAAACGGUGAGAGAGGGCGGCGGACUGCAGAGGAUGGUGGAGAGGUGGAUGAGGAGGAUGGGGAAGAUGGUGUCGGUGGUGAAUGAGACUGAAUGAGAGGUGCAGGAGGAAGAGGUGAAACAUGAGGCACAUAACAGGGUGUAUCGGGAAGGAGAAGAAAAGAAAUAUCGUCCACAGAAAAACUCGAAGUGUUCUUUUUUUCUUCGCAUGUUCUCAUUGAGACUUCAUUGAAAAUGUUUGAGAGUUAGUUCGAACAAACUUUGGCGAAGAUGUAUUAUAUGAAGUAAUCUCCUUAGUCCAUGGUCUACGCUUCUACCUGUACCUCUAUAGCCAGUAUCUCGGGAUAAUAUUUAUUCAUCUAUGACAUUUCUUCGUGAAAGGAACUACCUGUGAUAAAUAUGCUUAUACUUGCUUGACCUUCUGAUAGACUGUUGGUUUAACCUCUGUUUUCAUGAUUGUUAUUCAACAAUGUGGAAAUAUUCUAAUAAGUUGAUGGAUUCUUUUCUCUGGGAUGUUCCUUAGGCCGAUGCGUAGUAUUAAUGCUAUUCACUUUUCCAUAAUGAUGAAUCAACCUCCUGUAAAAGAAAACGAAACUCCGGUCUACGCACAAACGUACCUACUGUUUUCUUAGUCUGACUCUUGAUACAAAUGAGUAAUCAACUGUUAAAGGGUGUUAUGAUUGAACACAUUUUCGCUUUGUAAGAGGUAGUGCUGAUAUGCUUACUGAGAUUAUGCAUCUCCAUUUUCCAAGGUUUCUAUUGGUGCACAAGGUAACGUUUUGGUGGGCCUCACUGACAGGAUCCAUCCCAUGUCUUUGCAAAUUUUGUUUUCACUUUUUCAUGAUUUAGAAUUUAAUUUGGUUCAGAAAGCAUGGCUGAAAUGCAGC